AUGACUGUCACUCAAGCAGAGCUAAGCGGACAUAACAGGCAUGACAAACGAUUCCUGGGGGCCUUACUCGGAGCUGCUGCUGCUGUUGGAACCCUGUUCAACCUGGGAGUGACCAGCAUCAACUUCGUGAGCCUAUCUACCCUGAGGCAACAUGUAAGGGAGAUCCAGACUGAGAUGCCCCAGCUGAGAGAACAACUCACACUACAGAGCCAAACCCUACAGACUAUAGGCAAAUCAUUGAAGGGCACCCUGGUGGUUCUGAACACCCACAGUGUCCUGCUGAACCAAACUGUGAACUCCGUGAAACAGUUAUUCUCUGUUAUACAGAAUGAUGUUGCCCAAACUCAGCUGGUCACCGCACUGAUGUCUGACAUGCUCCGUGAGGUGAGCUCCUCCAUUGACAGCCUAGCCAUGGGUCCAGCUGACCCUCUUGAAGCCCACCUUGCCUACUCCCUGGGAGGGUCCAUCCUGCUACAUGUUGACCCCGAGCAGAGCGAGAUGUCGUUUCUUCUGAAUCUACCCAUCAUUCAAUCCGACAACAUUUACAGACUCAAAGACAUUGUCAAUGUUGGAUUUUGGCAAGGAAACACUCACAUCAGAAUACACACACCAGAUAUGGUAGCCUACCACGACAAUAACCCACAGUUAUACCUGGCCCCAAACCUGCGCAUGUGUACCCUGACCAAAGACAUUCAUUAUCUCUGCCCCAGCAAGCCCUUCCUUCGAGACAACACUGAAGGAAUCUGCGGGUUACAACCCAUGCAAAGAGAGACACUCUGCCCUGCUGAGGCCAAGCCUCGCGCACAAGUCACAGAAACACAAGCAGAGAUUGUGGGAAAUCAGUGGCUCGUCAACACGCCUAUCCGUACCGUCACACUGACCUAUGACCAGCAUGACAUUGCCACCCGUGUCAGCCUGCCCAACCAGAGUAUGUGGAUUCAAGUGCCCAAAGGUGCCAUCCUCCACCUCGGUGACCUGGCGCUGUACCACCUUCCAAGUGAAGAGUACCAAUCCGAGGUAGAAAUUCCAGCCUUCUUCAAGGACCACAAUCUCACCCUGGAACCUGAAUUGGAACUGAGCAUUGAGAAAGGGGGGUCCCAGAUGAUUGACAUCACCCCAGUUGACACAGCCCUCCAAGCACUGUCUUCCCGUCGCCAUAUCCUGGACCUCUGCUGA